GCCCCAUCUCGAAACCCUCUUUCCCUUAUUUUUUCAAACCCGCAAUCCAGCCGACCGCGUAGAACCCCCUCCGUCGCGAUGCACUCGGCGCUCGUGAGGGCGCAAAAUGUGUUCGGCUACUUCACGACGGUGGCCACCGUGGUAGCGGCCAUCAUCGCGCUGUCGGCCUUCGUGGUGCCGCAGGCUCCCACGGCGACGUUGAAGAUGCGCAACGUGCAGGUCGCGAAGGGCAGACCGCAUUACUACAGCACCAAGAAGGAGGAGUACGCGCAUGUGCGCUUCGAUCUGGACGCAGACCUGUCCAGCCUCUACAACUGGAACACGAAGCAGGUGUUCGUGUUCGUCAAGGCCGUCUACCCGUCGACGAACGCGUCGGCUCCGCCGUCCGAGGCCAUCAUCUGGGACGCGAUCCUGCCGUCGCCGCUGGCGCCGUGGCACCAGAACCAGUACAUCCACCCGGCGGCGGCGGCGCCGCCCUCGCACACGACGGACAAGUGGGGCAACAAGAAGGUGGUGUCGCGGCCGGGCCUGACGUACAGCGGCACGCGGCGGCCGGGCAUCCUCAAGCUGAGCAACCAGAAGCCCAAGUACGUCAUCACGGACUACACGGGCAGGAUCGCGGAGCGCGCCAACGCCACGCUCGAGCUCGGCUGGAACGUCCAGCCUUGGGUGGGCCCGCUCACGUGGAACACGAAGCGCGACCUGGGCGCGUGGAAGAAGCUCGAGGGCGGCGUGAGCAAGCCUUUCGACUUCCCCGAGGUCAAGGGCAAGAAGAGCGAGAUGGGCACCGUCAAGGGCGGCGAGAACAACAGGGGGAAGCCGGCGUAGUGCCGGUCCGCGGUUCGAGAUGCAGACGGAGCAGCCAAUGCACGACAGUUUCUUGUGCGGAUGGGCGAAAAGCGGAAGGAAGAAGAAGAAGAGAGAAGGGGGAAAAUAAAAAAAAAACACCACAACAGCGUUCUAGAUCGAAUCGUGUAUACCACCUUUGAGCAAAAUUCUAAAAACUGCUUGCCGGCGACGGAGCGACGGGUUCAACCAAAUA